CCCGCGGUGAAACAAAUAAGGUGUAAUCAAAGCCUAAAGACAAUAAACUUAUCUAUAUUAUCUCAUCAUGUUUAUCUUCCAACCAUAAAUGGUUAUGGUACCAUCCAUCAUGAUCUGAAAUAGGCAUUCUGCCUUGGAACGGAACGCGAGUUUGUCAGGAUUGGAUGUUCAUCAGACUUUGGGAUGUUUUCACCAGCGGUGAAACAGUCAUGGGCGGUGUCAGGCGUACUCCUGAAUAUGUUGGGGCAAGGCAUGGUCCUCAGUUUCCCGGCUGUCCUGCUGCCGGGGCUAAAGGCUGAUGAUUCCACCAUCAAGACUGACUUGGACACUAUGUCUUGGCUUGCUUCUGUGGUGGGCCUGGCGAGCUUCCCCGGUUUCCUGAUUUCCGCUUUCUUCAUGGAGCUGUGGGGCCGGAAAAUCUCACAGGCUCUGGUCAUCCUACCGGGCACGUUGGGCUGGCUCCUCAUCUACUUCGCCACGGACGUGACUACCCUCAUGGCUGGCAGGAUCCUCGGAGGCAUCACCGCCGGAGCCAGCGUCACUUUAGGAGCCGUCAUCAUAGGCGAGUACACCAGCCCACAGCUCCGGGGCAUGUUCUUAAACCUCAAGACUGCGGCCGUCUGCGUUGGCAAUACUCUUGUUCACAUUGUUGGCCAUUUUUACACUUGGAGAACAGUUGCAAUUUUCGGACUAGUGCCCCAUAUCAUUGCUUUCGGAAUUACCUGCACUUGGCCAGAAAGUCCGACGUGGUUGGCUGCUAGAUUUAAGUUUGAUAAGAGUGAGAAGGCCUGGUUGUGGCUGCGAGGUAACGACCAAUACUCUAGAAACGAGUACGAUAGUAUGGCCAAUGCUCAAAAGCAGAGGCUUUCUGAAAUACGAGAGAAAUCCAGCGUCCAAAGACACGUGGUAAUCUUUUUGCAGAAAUUCACCCGAAAGGACUUUCUGAAACCUCUGCUCAUAAUACUCUUUGCUGGUAUUUUGCUAGAGACGUGUGGAAGGCACAUUUUCCCGGCAUACGCCUUACAGAUCAUCGAAGAAAUCUCUGGAGAUAAAUCCAGAACCUUCUACUACACGAUAAUCAUAGAUCUGAUAACGACAUUCAGCUCCACGUUCUCUUCAGCGCUGGUUCGUAUGCUAAAGAGACGUACUUUGCUGUUUGUCACUGGUGGAGCAUCUUUAGCCGUGUUAAUAGCCAUCUGUGCCUACCUUUACCUGAGUGCUAUAGACGUGAUAUCGAAAGACCGAGCUUGGCUGCCUGUGUCGAUGUUUAUGCUGUACUUUUUAUUGGCAAACUUGGGGUGUACUCCUAUACCUUUAGCGUUGCUUGGAGAGGUAUUCCCAGUAGCUCAUAGAGGGGCAGGAUCGGCUAUGUCAGGGUUAACGCUGGCUAUCUGUCUAAUGGUCGCGUUGAAGAUCACCCCCGCAAUGCUAGUAAGUGUAAAGGUGUACGGAACUUUUGCUAUCUUCGGUGUAGCCAUGGGACUCUCUCUAGUAGUAUUUUACUUCAUCCUUCCAGAAACUAAGGACAGAACUCUGCAGGAGAUUGAAGACUACUUUAACCACGGACGGUUCCUCAGUGACAAGAAAGUUCCCGGAGAUGAUGAAGAAAAUACUACCAUGCUUAAGAACUGAGUAUAAGACAUUGUUAUUGAUAGUAGUAUCUGGGGGUUUUAG